UCAUACACGAAAAAAAGAAGAAUAACAUAAUACACAACUUAACCUUAUAUUUACGGUGUUCCUGUUCUUUCUUCUUCAACAAAAGUUCUCGUGAUUUGAAAAACGAAAAAGGAAAAACCAUUCAUCGCUUUCUAGGUUCUUCUAUUUAGUGUAAUUUCACCUUAUUUAUAGCAUCAUCUGAUUAUGAUGUCUUUCUCAAUCAUCUCAAAACAGUUGAACAGGCAAAUCAAAACCCAUGCAAAAAGGUUUUCCAGGACUAUUUGUGAUGAACAAAGAAGACAAAAUGAAAUCUUCAUUGCAGAAGAAAAAAGACAGAGAGAAUCUAUUGGGAGAAUAGAAAAAAUUGAAGUUAAUUAUGAAGGGCAACCAACUAAUGAGGUUUUGGUUAUGAAUAGAAAUAUUUCUACUCCUUAUGAUUGUGCAAAACACAUGGGUGAAAUGGUACAGAAACGAUCUGUGGUAGCAUUAAUAAAUGGAGAAACACUUUGGCACAUGCACAAACCUAUACCAGACUCAUGUAAAUUAGAACUUCUUCAUUACCAAAUUUCAAACCCAGCAUUAGUCAAUAAAACUUUCUGGAGAAGUUGCAGUUUCAUAUUGGGAGCUGUAGUUUCAAGUGCAUUCAAAGAUACUGUUGGUUUGUGUUUACAUAGUUUCCCAAGCCCCAAUGUAAAAUCUGGAAGUUUUGUUUAUGAUGUGCAACUUUCACUAGAUAACUGGAAACCAACAACAUCAGAACUGAAAGUUCUUUCAAUUGAAAUGAUCAAAUUUUGUCAACAAGAACUACCAAUAGAAUGUCUUGAUGUCUCUACAGACAUUGCUUUCAACAUUUUCAAGAACAAUCCUCAUAAAACACAACAGAUCCCUAAUAUAGCUGACCAUAAUAAUGAUAAAAUAACACUUUUCAAGGCAGGGAACCACAUAGAUAUAUCAAAGGGUCCCAUGGUGCCUAACACAAAUCAAAUAGGGAGAAUUACUGUUGCUAAUGUUAUCAAAUUGGACAGUGAUAUUCCUGGAGGCCCAAUAUUCAGGUUCCAAGGAGUGGCACUGCCAAGUUCUAUUAUGAUGAAUCAUUUUGCCUAUGGGUUACUUGAAGAUAGAGCAAGAUUACUAAAUCCAGCAAGAGUACCUGGUACCCAAGGAAUUGACAAUGAAGAUAAUACUUUUGUUGCCAAUAUGGCUGCAUGAGAAUAAUUAUGUGUUGAGUUUUUACCUUUGACUAUUCUGCUGACUAUUAGAGCAAGGUUUAAUAUCGGACAUGCUCUACAAAUACAGAAGCAUAAUUGACCAACAACAAAGGUUUGAACAGCAAAUUUCUGUAAUAUGGAUCAUUUAUUGUUUUAUCAAACAUGAAAUAGUCAAAUGAAUACAACUCAUGAUACUAUCUUUCCUGGAUAUAUUCGUUGAUUGAUAUACUCCAG